UGGGAACAAAAGAGACCUCUGAGGAAAGCAAGAGGAGCGAAAGAGAUCAAAUACAGAGACAUUCGAAGGAGCAGAUCAAGAAAAUGGAGUGCAUAUUCGGACUUGUCGGAAAUGGCUUCGCGAUAUUGGCAGCGGAUUCAUCGGCGGUGCACAGCAUCUUAGUCCACAAGUCCAACGAGGACAAGAUCAUGGUCCUCGAUUCUCACAAGCUCAUCGCUGCUAGUGGUGAGCCCGGAGACAGGGUUCAGUUCACCGAGUACAUACAGAAGAACGUGGCUCUGUAUCAGUUCCGUAAUGGGAUCCCUUUGACGACUGCCGCCGCCGCCAAUUUCACCCGUGGCGAGCUCGCGACUGCUUUGCGCAAGAGUCCAUACUUUGUGAACAUCCUACUUGCUGGCUAUGACAAAGAGACAGGUCCCUCCCUGUACUACAUUGACUACAUUGCUUCACUUCACAAGGUUGAGAAGGGAGCUUUUGGUUAUGGCUCCUACUUUUCACUCUCAACCAUGGACAGACACUUUCACAGUGGAAUGUCACUGGACGAAGCGAUUGAUUUGGUUGAUAAGUGCAUCUUGGAAAUAAGAUCCAGGCUGGUUGUGGCCCCACCAAACUUUGUUAUAAAGAUCGUCGAUAAGGAUGGAGCAAGAGAGUAUGCAUGGCGUGAAUCAGUCAAGGAGACUUCUGCUCCCCCAGCCUAAGUCGCAGUCAAUUCUCUCUCUGUUUUUUCCCCUUCUGUUAAUUUUUACCUUUUUUCACUUUAGUGUUUAUGUGUACUUUGGGGCAUGUCUGCAAAUGUUGGUGUAGGAAUACUUAAAAGCGCUUAUCUGUGGACUUACGUUGACAGUUUAUGAAGCUGCUUGAUUUUAAUUUCUUUGGGAAAAAAGAAAAGAAAAGAGAUAACAAUACUUGAAUGGGGAAUGAGUCUCCUGCCAAUCCAUUCAAAUGUUUGAAUUGAUUGAAACCGAAGACAAUUAUAUGGAUUAUGUAUAAGAGAUUAUCAAAAAGAUGAUUUCGUUCU